AUGGGAAAACGAAGCCACGACUCGGCGGAGCUCAAGCCCAAGAAGAAGUCCAAGUCUGACAAGCCUCCCAAGGAGAAGAAGAGCAAGAGCGACAAGACCGAAAAGACCGAGAACGUUGUUGCGGAACAGGAAAAUGGCACCUCGUCCAGCGACUCGUCCACCUACACCCAAGCAUCUGCUCUCACAGCUCUCCCCCAGUCUCAAAUCGAUACUUUCAUGAGCGAGCAUGUGAUUAAGUUCACCGAUCCCUCUGCAGACGCACCAGCCUACCGCCCAUUGACCUCUUUUGACUAUCUGCCUCCCUGCGACAACAGCAACCUGUACGACCCACUGAAGUCAUUCCCAGCACCCACACCAAUCCAGGCAUGCACCUGGCCGCUACUUUUCGCCGGUCGCGAUGUCAUCGGUAUCGCCGAGACAGGCUCUGGAAAGACCCUGGCCUUCGGCCUGCCUUGCCUGCGCAAACUGACCCAGUCCAAGAAGAGCAAUAAGCCUUACCACCCAAGCGCUAUCUACGACCAGCUCAUCAAAUACACCGCGGUGACCGAUGUCGGCGUGGUAUGUAUCUUCGGCGGUGUCAGUAAAGAUGAGCAGCGCACUGCCCUCAAGACGGCCGCCAUUGUCGUCGCUACCCCAGGCCGUCUGAAGGACUUACAACAAGACGGCUCCGUCGACCUUUCCAAGGUCAAGUACCUCGUCCUCGACGAAGCCGACCGCAUGUUGGACAAAGGAUUCGAGCAAGAUAUCAAGGAUAUCGUCGCGCCGAUGCCAGUCUCUCGCAGACAGACCGUUAUGUUCACCGCAACAUGGCCCCGCUCCGUCCGCGAUCUCGCAAACACAUUCAUGAGCUCUCCGGUAACCGUCACCAUUGGUGGAGACCCCUCCGCAGACCCCCGCGCCAAUCUCAGAAUUAAGCAAGACGUCGAGGUCAUGGAUGGCCGGGACAAGGAGAACCGACUCAUCCAGCUCCUGACAAAGUCACAGAAGGGCAAGAACCCCGAGAAGGUUCUUGUAUUCUGCUUGUACAAGAAGGAAGCCAUGCGUGUGGAGAGACUUAUCAGUCAAAGAGGUUUCAAGGUUGCUGGUAUCCACGGCGAUCUGAACCAGUCAGAGCGUUUCCGUAACCUUGACGCUUUCAAGACUGGAGCUGCGACUGUCCUUGUCGCAACUGACGUCGCAGCCCGUGGUCUCGAUAUCCCUGCUGUGAUGUUGGUGAUUAAUGUCACUUUCCCCCUGACUGUUGAGGACUACGUUCAUCGCAUUGGGCGAACUGGGCGUGCUGGUAAAGACGGCCAUGCUAUUACCAUGUUUACUGAACAAGACAAGGGUCUAUCUGGCGGAUUGGUCAACGUCCUCAAGGCCGCAAAGCAAAAUGUGCCCGAGGACCUUCUGAAGUUCGGCACCACCGUGAAGAAGAAGCAGCACGACGCCUACGGCGCGUUCUUCAAGGACGUCGACUCGGACAAGAAGGCCACCAAAAUUACUUUCGAUGAUUAA